CGGUCUUGGGUGUUCCCAUUCCAUAAAGCACAGUGUGUCGCUCCAAUCCCGGUCCUUCUUUCUCCUGGCUGAGCUGAGGCCUCAGCCAUGGCGACGAGCUUCUUGUCCACAACCGCUGCCUCGUCCCUCGCCGUUCCCGUCGGCUUCCUCUCCCUCCACAAGCCCACCGCCUCCUCCUCGCUCCCCUUCCCCUCCAAACAGCGCCGCUCACCGUCCUGCUCCCUUCUCCCACCCGAACGCCGCCGCUUCUCCACAUCCUCCUCUUCCAAGACCCCCACCACCAACCUCUUCUCGUCAAUCACGACUGUCUCGAGAACCCUCCUCUUCCUGCUCGUCGCCUCCUUCGUCUCCCUCUCCGGCGUCCGCCCCCUCGCUUCCCUCGCCGCCCUUCCUCCACCCACGCAGCAACCGCAGGAGGCCAAGGGGCCGGAAGAAGAGCAGGAAGAACCCGAAGAAGAAGGGGUGCAGGAGGAAGCGGAGUGGUUUGAGAAAGAGGAAGAAGAGGUGGAGGCGGCGUGGAUGCAGCCAAGCGACGAGGAGGGGGCGGAGGAGGAAGAAGAAGAGGACGACGAGGUCCAGAUGUAUCUGGAAGUCCUGAGCACCGACCCCGGCGACGUGAGCGCGCUCAAGUGCCUGCUGUUCGCCAGGAUGAGGCGCAAGGACUGGGCAGGCGCGCUGCGGUACGCGGCGCAGCUCCGGGAGGCCGACCCCGGCGAGGUGGAGUGGCGGCUGAUGGAGGCGCUGCUGCACGAGCUCAAGGGGGACCUCGCCGAGGCCGAGCGGCUCUUCCAGGAGGUCCUCGCGGAGAAGCCCCUGCUCGUCCGGGCUCUCCAUGGACUCGCAUUGUGUAUGCAUAAAAGACUAGAAGGCCCCACUGUUUUUGAAAUGCUGGAGAAGGCUUUGCAACUCGCGAUAUCCGAGGAAAGGGUCCCAGAAGAGCGCAACAUAAAGCUUCUGAUUGCACAGAUGCAUGUUGUGAAGGGUGACUUGGAUGUUGCAUCAGAGAAAUUGCAAAGUCUUAUUAACGAGGAUCCUCGGGAUUUUCGGCCGCAUCUUUGCCAGGGUAUUGUAUAUGCACUUUUGGACAAAAAGGAAGAAGCGGACGUGCAAUUUGAUACAUACAGAAGUCUUGUGCCGGAUGAAUUCCCAGACAAGAGUUUUAUCAAUGAUGUUAUACUAUCAGCGAAAAUGGAGUCAAAAGAUCGGCUACAAAAGAAAUUUGUGUCUGAGUUCCUAUCUAAGAAAUGACAAUGCAGGAUUUUCCAUUCCUGAACGGCUCAUCAUACUUAGUGGUAGUUCUAGGUAGUUUGCCCCUAUUGAUGUGCACAUUAGUACAACGAUGUUAUAAGUAAAAAUAUACUACAAUAAAGAUAAGAGGAGAUUUGUGUCUCCUGUCACCAAUUUUCUCA